AAAAAAGAAAAAAGGAAAGUCUUGCUAGCUCCACGCGCUUUCCAUCGCUGAAACUGAUGUUUCAUUAAUUUCACGGAAUCAACCAUCGUCUCCUGUUCCUUCCUCGAAGUCCCAGAACUGGAAAAAAAUUAAAAACCCUCUUCGAAUUACAUUAACUGCGGCUAUUAUUUUAACCAAACCAUGUUCUAAAUUUUAAUUAAAAAGAAAAAACGCGCAAUUACAUUAUUGUAUAAAAGGAGAAGACCUUUCAGAGGAGAGAUGUCAAGAUAUCGAUUUUCAUCCCAUUAUUCGUCUGCACAACCACACUACUCGUUUCCUAACUAUUCGUCUAUGUCGAUUUCUGGUAUUCAAGGGCAGCUUCUUGAGGUCACUGUUGUUGCUUGUAACAAGUUGAAGGAUACGGAAUGGUUUUCACGGCAAGACCCAUAUGUUUGUCUGGAAUAUGCUAACACAAAGCACCGUACCAGAACAUGCACAGACGGUGGUAAAAACCCUACAUUCCAAGAGAAGUUCGUGUUUCCGUUGGUUGAAGGUCUUAGGGAACUGAAUGUUCUGGUCUGGAACAGCAAUACUGUCACCUUGGACGACUUUAUUGGCGAGGGAAAGGUUCAACUUCAGAAGGUUCUUUCACAGGGUUAUGAUGACAGUGCCUGGACGCUCCAGACUAAAACUGGCAGAUAUGCAGGAGAAGUGAGGCUAAUCAUGCAUUAUGCGAAGACCAAUAAACCAACAGCAAGCUAUGCUCCAUCUGCUCCUCCAUAUGCAGCACCACAUGUACCACAAUCUCAUCUAUAUUCAACCCCUCCGCCCCCCGCUCCUUAUGGACCACCAGCAUCUGGACCUUACCCACCACCACCAGGAGGCUACCCAGCUCCAUCUCCCUAUCCUUCAUAUUCACCUAGUUCAGCAGCAUAUCCCCCAUCCACGUAUGGUCCCUCUCCAUCUGCCUAUCCUCCCCCACCAUACCCACCAACUUCAGCAUAUCCUCCAUCAACGUAUCCACCACCUCCACAACCCUCGCCCUAUUAUCCUCCAGGUCCUUUUCCUGGACUUUAUCCUCCUCCGCCACCACCGUACUGAGAUAGAGCUCCUCCAGACCCAAGUGAAGAAGCAAUUGAUAAGAUGUUGUGAUAGUCAUGUAUAGACUUUUCCUCUUAGUUUGGCGGCUGUGCUUGUGUUACCCCGUGCACUUUUAUUUUUCAAAUUGCAAAUAUGUGCACUUUCUUUUCCCCCCCUGUUGAUAAACCGUAUAUACAGAGGUUUUGAAGGAGAAUUUUGUUACAUAGAUGAUUCAUUUGGUUACCCUUUGCGUUUUUA